AUGUCAUCUUUCAAGUACAUCCUUCUCAUCGGCGCCACAGACUCUAUCGGCGGCGGCGUGCUCUCCACCCUGGAAACAGCUGCCCCGUCCCACCUCAAAAUCAUCACUGUGCCAGACACCUACCCCACCGAAGCUCUCAUCCUCGCCUUUAAGAGUCAAGAUGUAAUCGUCAACCGCAUGACCUCCUUCUCAGUAUCUGUCCAAUUCCGUAUAGUAGACGCUCUCAUCGCCGUGAGCGUAAGUCGCUACGUCCCUAGCGAGUAUGACCUCAACAACGCCCGGCCCGACGCGCAGGCGCUGAACACAGUGUUCCGUAACAGGGGUUGCGUGCAGGCUUAUCUGCAGUCUAAGGCAGAGGAAGGCAUGAUCGACAUGACGCACUCAUUCCUCGGUAUGCAUGUUACUUCCCGAAGGUCCGUGUUGUGGGAUGACGGGUGGGCAAAUUCUUGUGCACGACAGAAAAACACCGCGUUAGGGUGGGUGAGGGCGUUGUUGAGACACGAAGAGACGAGGAAUCGGAAUUUAUAUCUGAGUGACUUCGCGGUUUCGCAGAAGGAGUUGUUGGGUGCUAUUGAGAGGAUCCAGAGGGUGGAGUAUCGAGUGGGGGAAAUGUAUACGCUCAUCGAAACGGGGUUUGUGACGGGGAGAAUUGGGAGCCAUCUGCAGAUGGAGGGGGAGAUGAUGAAUGAGAGGUUAGAGUUGCCAAGGAAGACGCCGGAUGAGGUUGUUAGGGAGCCAUUGCAAGCGCUUGUUACUCUCUAA